AUGGGCAAAACGACACUCUGCAAGAAAAUCAUCCAUGCGUUCGUCCGCAAUGAACUGUGGCAGUCUGAAUUUGAUAGCGUCAUUUUCAUUGACUUGAGGGUUGCAAAGCAUUUUUGGAGCGCUUCUAAGUUUUUCAAGGAGUGUUUUCGUGUUUCCUUCUGGCCAAAGGAUUGGUACAUUGAGCUUAUGAAAGCCGCUGAUGACCCCGGAGAUACUAGAACGCUGGUGGUGUUUGAUGGCCUUGAAGAGCUGUCACAGACUCAAUGGGAGUCAUGGGAUACAUUUCUGCACCGGAAGAACGUCAUCAUUACCUGUCGACCCCAUGUAUUGUCCAAAUGGAAGCGGCUCCAAUUUGAUCUCGACGUUCAAGUGAUAGGAUUCCACGAUGAUGAGGUUUCAUCCUACCUCAAUAAGAUGGUCCCGGACGCCCCGGACGUCCUGAAACCUCAAUUUAUGGAUUUCAUCGCGCAGCACCCGGUGAUCAAGGACAUGCUCCGCAUUCCGAUUAUAUCUGAUGCUGUGUGCUCUCUUUGGGUCGAUUGCGUGGGGAGACGGAAGCGAGUGACCAUGGCUACUUUGUACCAAGAAAUCGAGAUAAGACUAUGGCAGAAGGACCUAAUUCGGUUGCACGGCAUGACCAUAUCGCAUUCUUCCAGUUACAUAUACCCCAGAAAGCUCUAUGAAAUCUUUAGCCGUGAAGUCGGUUUCCUCAGAUCGAUUGCUUUCUUCGGGGUAUACAACAACAUCACCGAGUUUCCAGAGAGUAUCCGGCGGAAGUUUCAAUCUUUGGAACUGCAAGUAUUGGAACAUGUCUUUGAUAUCAUCUCUUUCUUACGCAGCACCGCGUAUCGGUUCAAUGCCAGUGUGCGGGACUACUCCUUUCUACAUCCCACAUUCCAACAAUACUUCGCUGCGCACUACUUUUUGGACUGCUGGAAAUUUGGCAAAGACAUCGAGGCUCUUGAUUUGAAUUACAAUCAAAUCAAUAGUCAGCCCACAGAAUGUUUCAGAAAAGAAAGGCAGAAUGAACGCUACGAUCUUUUGUGGCAAUUUGUCAUGGGGGCUUUGAACUGUGAGGACAGGGAUCAACUGGAAAAGGCACUGGAGAAGUCUUAUGAGGAGCGCUGGUUCUUUUGA